AUGGGGCUGAUUGAUUUUGACUUAUUUGCCAAGCCGAAUGAUGAUUUCAAGCAAAGAACUGCCCUUGGCGGGAUAGGUUUGUUUAUUAAACUCAUUUUAUCUUCAGUUUCAAUUGUCUCAAUGAUCCUAUGCUUCCUUUUAUUGGUUGCUUGCUUUAUCAAUUUCAGAAAGGUUACUUGGGAAUCCGAGAUUAUGGUCGAUACGAAGCACAAGGAACAGAUGAUCCUCCAUUUUGACAUUACGUUUCCAGCUCUUCCAUGUAUGACUAUUGGACUCGACGUGAUUGAUGUUGCUGGGGAGCAUCAAAUGAACAUCUUAAAAUCGGUUGAAAAAGUCCGUAUCGGUUCGAACGGAAUUCCUCUUGCAGACCAGCUUUUGGGGGAAAAUUCCAUCAAUAUUGACUCGUUUAAAGAGACUAGUUUUCCAGAAAAUGGCUGUGGUAGUUGUUACGCAGGCACGGAGCUAUCUCCCGAGUCUCCAUUUGGAAUCAAUUGCUGCAACACCUGCGACGAGGUCAUUGGCGCGUAUAAGAGGCUUGGAAUUCCACUUCCGCCGCUUACCACAUUUGAGCAGUGCCUGCCCAGUAAGAGCAUAUCGAAGCUUCUGGCCACCAGAAAGGGAGAAGGUUGCCGCCUUCAUGGCUAUGCUAGGGUCAACAGAAUCCCAGGAAAUAUUCACAUUGCCCCCGGUGUUUCUUUCCAAAUAGAAAGCGCCCAUUUACAUGACCUCCGACCAUUUGACGAUUACAGGUUUAAUUUAUCGCAUCGCAUCGAUAAACUGUAUUUCGACUCUGUUGAGGGCUAUUCCAUGGACAUGGGUGAUACUGUCAGCUCAGAUGAUGAGAUAAAAAAAAAUCUUAUUUCCAAUCCGUUGGAGGGAACGCUCAAGAUAGCAUCUUCAUACGACAUGGCCUUCUUGUACACUGCCAAAGUCGUUUCCACCGAAAUAAAAUCCCUUUCUGGAGCAUCUAUCACCACACAUCAAUAUUCAGCUACUGCCCAUUCGACGAACAAGCCACCUGGAGGUCUUCCCGGUGUAUUCUUUGACAUAGACAUUUCUCCACUAAUAAUUCUAUACUCUGAACAAAAUGCCUAUUCAUGGCUGUCUUUUAUGGCACAAUUAUUUGCCAUCAUUGGUGGCAUUUAUACCAUCGCGUCGCUGCUGGAUGCUUUUCUUUAUCAAGCGGAGCGAAGACUUGCCAUGAAAAGGCAACUCGGCAAGACAACAUAG